AUGAGGGUUUCGCCCUUUACUGAUGAUAUCAAUGGGGAGCGAGUUCUCCCUAAUUUUAAACUUCCGGUACUGCAGCCCUAUGCUAGACGAGGUGACCAUGAGAAUCACCUCCGCGCCUUUAUCUUGACAUUCCGCCUCUGCUGCGUCCCCAACGCCGUGAUUUGCCAAACCUUCCCCAUCUUCCUGCAAGGGACCGCCCGAAAGUGGUUCUGGAGCUUGGAACAAAGGAGCAUUUUCUCACUGGACGAGUUGGUGGACAGGAUUAUUCACCGCUUUAGGUUCACUGAGAAAAAUGUGCAGAUACCUGAUCAAAAUGAGCAGGUAACCAUAGAUGCCUUCACCAACGAGUUGAUCGCAGGAAUCUUCCACACCGAGAUACAUCGGGAUUACCCCUGUUCAUUUCGAAAAUUCUGGGAACGGGUAGACCGAGGAAUCAGAAGUAAGAACCUAAACUGCAUGAAGCGGAAAGCCCAAGCAGCCCAUGUUGGGCAAGAGUCCCGAAGGAAGAAAGAAAUCGGCCUAGCCGAACAGGUCCCCACCUCGUCGAAUCCUUUCCGAGAUUGUCGGAGCAUUUUCGAUAGGAUUGUGAAGGGGAGGUCGUCCAUCUUGGACGCUGAGCUAACUCCCCUCAACUCCAGUCGGUCUCACAUUCUGGCCGUAAUGAGACAAAACCACCUCGAUCGAGUCCCUCCUGAGAUCUUGGGUAGGAGAGAGAAGAGGAACCCCAACCUCUACUGUGCCUACCACCGGGAUGAUGGGAGCUUCAACCGAAGUGCCUCCCACCGAGAUAACCGAGACCUCCGCCGAGAGGACAGGCGAGGCACAAAGAGUCAUUGUUGUGGGCCCGAGGACCAUAGGGAGGACCAGCGACCUUCACGAGACGGGUUCCCAGGCUACGACCCUAACAUCGCGGGGGUCAUCAAUACAUCGGGUGGUCCGACGGGAGGAGACAACCAGAACUCCCGCAAACGGACCUACCGUCAAGCCGGUCUGGAGGCUGCCGAGCCGAGUUCCAAGCUAUCCGAGGUGAUCACUUAUGGUCCCAGCGAUCUUGUUCCUACCGCCUCCAGCAACCACGAAUCCCUCGUGAUUGAAAUUCUCAUCAAUAAUUACAUAGUCAAGAAGGUCUAUGUCGAUCCCGACAGAUCGGUAGACGUCUUGUACUACCAAACCUUCGAAAGGUUGAAACUGACCAGAGAGCAGCUCACUCCUGUCAGAACCCCUCUCGUUGGAUUCGGGGGACAUGUGGUCUACCCAAAAGGGAUGGUGUCCCUGAUGGUGAUUGUUGGCCAUUACCCCCACUGUCAAACUAUACCCGUUAGCUUUGCGAUCGUCAAAGCAGAUUCUCCCUACAACAUGUUGAUAGGUCGUCCCGCGCUCAACGUCUUGAAAGUUGUGUACUCUACCUACCACCUGAGUUUUAAGUUUUCGCCACCUGCGGGGGUGGCUGAAGUGAGCAGCGAUGUGAACGCGGCCAAAGAAUGCUACCUCGUCACCAUCCAAACUGUUGUCACUCCCCGACCUGAGUCAAGAGUUGAAAGGAAGAGGCCAACUGUCCUUUCCAUAGACAGCAUCGAUUCUCAGAAAAUCGAGAAGCCUGGCAGGCUUAAGCCCGGGAACGAGGUGGAGGUGGUGAUUUUGGAUGAGGUGAGACCUGACCAGAUGAUCCCAGUGGGGACGAGUCUCCUCUCGCCCCUCAAAGAAGAAAUGAUCAACCUGAUAAAAGACCAUCAAGACGUCUUCGCGUGGUCUACUGAUAAAGUGGUCGGGGUGUCCUCCGAACUCAUGGUUCACUAG